UCUCCCUCUCUCUCAAUUGCCAUCUCUCUCUCUCUUUCUCUCUCUACAAGUACAGUCUACAAAAGGCUUCUCAUUUUCUGAGCCCCUCUCGGCCGACUUGAAGGGCAAUUUGGGAAGGCCAAAUGGCGAGAAUCUCGACUCCUUUUCGGGGCAUUCUGGUCAUAUGUUUGUGCUGGGCAGCCAUGGCUGCCGAAGCAGCGUACACGAAAUACCAGGAUCCGAACCAGACCAUAAAAGUUCGAAUCGAGGACUUACUGAGUCGGAUGACUCUGGCGGAGAAGAUUGGCCAAAUGACGCAGAUUGAGAGAACCGUCGCUUCCGGUGAAGUGAUCGAGCAGUACUUUAUUGGGAGCGUUUUGUCCGGGGCUGGAAGUGUUCCGGUUGUAAAUGCGACAGCCGGGACUUGGAUCGACAUGGUAAAUGGUUUCCAAAAAGGCGCGAUGUCGACCCGCCUUGGCAUCCCAAUUAUCUACGGCAUUGACGCUGUCCACGGCAAUAGUAAUGUCUACAAUGCUACCAUUUUCCCUCACAACAUCGGUCUUGGAGCUACUAGAGAUCCUGACCUAGUCAAGAGAAUUGGAGCAGCGACUGCCCUUGAAGUCAGAGCUACAGGAAUUCAAUAUACUUUCGCACCAUGUAUUGCGGUUUGUAGAGACCCGAGAUGGGGUCGAUGCUAUGAAAGCUACAGCGAAGAUCACACAGUUGUUCAGGCAAUGACCGAGAUCAUUUCAGGAUUACAAGGAGAAAUUCCUGCUAAUUCCCGGAAGGGUGUCCCCUUUGUUGGUAACGGAACAAAAGUCGUGGCAUGCGCUAAGCACUACGUGGGCGAUGGAGGGACAAUCGGUGGAAUCGACGAAAACAACACCGUUAUAAGCAGGCAAGAAUUGAUGAGCAUCCACAUGCCUGCUUAUCUCAAUUCGAUUGCCAAGGGCGUAUCAACCGUAAUGAUCUCCUACUCCAGCUGGAACGGGAUAAAAAUGCAUGCCAAUCAGGAACUUAUCACCGGUUACCUCAAGAACCAACUGCGCUUCAGGGGAUUUGUCAUCUCGGAUUAUCAGGGCAUUGAUAAGAUCACAACUCCUUUGCACGCCAACUAUACGUACUCUGUCCUAAUGGGAAUCCAAGCCGGCAUCGACAUGGUCAUGGUUCCUUUCAACUAUACGGAAUUCAUCGACACCCUAACCUUCUUGGUGAAUCAAAGCUUCAUUCCAAUGUCCCGGAUUGAUGAUGCAGUAAGAAGGAUAUUGCGGGUGAAGUUCACAGCGGGCCUCUUUGAACGCCCGUAUGCUGAUUACAGCUUCGUUAACGAGCUAGGACGUCAGGAGCAUAGAGAAUUGGCGAGGGAAGCUGUGAGGAAAACUCUCGUGUUGCUGAAGAACGGUAAACCAAACGAAAAUCCAUUGUUACCCCUUCCGAAGAAGGCAGCAAAAAUACUAGUCGCGGGGACUCAUGCCGACGAUCUCGGUAACCAGUGUGGUGGGUGGACAAUCACAUGGCAAGGAAUGAACGGCAACAAUAAUACAAUUGGAACCACAAUCCUUGAUGGGAUUAAGAAAACCGUCGACCCGACGACUGAAGUAGUCUACAACGCAAACCCAGAUGCCAACUACGCCAAGUCUGUCGAAUUCUCGUAUGCUAUUGUGGUGGUAGGAGAGCCGCCAUACGCGGAGAUGUUUGGCGACAGCUCGGAUUUGACAAUCCCCGAACCGGGCCCGAGCAUCAUCGCAAACGUGUGCGGAUCCGUGAGAUGUGUUGUGGUCCUUGUAACCGGUCGCCCAGUUGUGAUUCAACCGUACGUCUCGAUGAUGGACGCCCUUGUAGCCGCCUGGCUACCGGGAACGGAAGGCCAAGGGGUCGCGGAUGUUUUGUUCGGGGACUAUGGUUUUACUGGGAAACUCUCUCGAACUUGGUUCAGGACCGUCGAGCAGCUCCCGAUGAGCGUUGGCGACCAAAACUAUGACCCUCUGUUCCCCUUUGGAUUUGGACUAACAACUCAACCAAACAAGACGCAGUAAGAGAUUGUGGAAGUCUUUAGGUGCAUUUUAUCAUUAGUGGUGAUCUUUCGUUUUAGGCUUUUUCUUGUUUUUGGUACAUCGAAACAGAUUGUGGUUCCUACCAAAGAAGUGAAUGAAAGAACUUUGGGGAGAGAUUUUGUAAUUUA